AUGGAUUCCAAUGGAUUCUUCGUAUCGCUAUUGAGCGGUGCAGCUGCUGGUACGUCUACGGAUCUGGUCUUCUUCCCUAUAGACACUUUAAAGACGAGAUUACAAGCUAAAGGAGGUUUCUUCGCGAAUGGUGGGUAUCGAGGAAUUUAUAAAGGUUUAGGUAGUGCUGUUGUAGCAUCUGCACCUGGUGCAUCAUUAUUCUUUGUUGCAUAUGAUUCUAUGAAAUCUUUUUUAAAACCCAAAUUUCAACAAUUGAUGCCCAAGGCCAAUGAACCACUUAUAGAUGUUGUGACCCAGAUGGCUUCCUCAUCCAUUGGUGAGAUAUCUGCAUGCAUGGUGCGUGUUCCAUCUGAAGUAAUAAAGCAGAGAACUCAAACUCAUAUCUCGAAUUCUUCUUUGCAGACUUUUAAGAAUUUGCUUAAGAACGAAAAUGGUGAAGGUCUACGGAGAAAUUUUUAUCGUGGAUGGUCAACGACAAUUAUGAGGGAGAUCCCAUUUACAUGUAUUCAAUUCCCAUUUUAUGAAUUUUUAAAGAAAAGUUGGGCUCAAUGGGAAAACGCUAAGGAAAUUCCACCAUGGAAAGGAGCCAUUUGUGGAUCGAUUGCAGGUGGUGUUGCAGCUGCUAGUACAACUCCUCUUGAUGUACUAAAGACUAGACUUAUGUUGAGCAAUAAAUCUAUGCCGGUUUGGCAAUUAGCUUCUACCUUGUACAAAGAGGAAGGACCUAAGGUCUUCUUCAGUGGUGUUGGACCCCGUACCAUGUGGAUUAGCGCUGGUGGCGCUAUUUUCUUGGGUGUUUACGAAUUGGCGCAUUCUAUGCUUACACGUCCUACCUUGUAA